CAGCGCGCAGAGUAGGACAAUGCCUAAGUCAAAGGAACUUGUGUCUUCAAGCUCAUCUGCCAGUGAUUCAGAUAGUGAAGUUGACAAAAAGGCAAAGCGGAAAAAGCAAGCAGCUCCAGAAAAGCCUGUAAAGAAACAAAAGACUGGUGAAAGUUCAAAAGGUGCAGCUUCUUCUAAGCAAAGCAGUAACAGAGAUGAGAAUAUGUUUCAGAUUGGCAAAAUGAGGUAUGUCAGUGUUCGUGACUUUAAAGGGAAAGUCUUAAUUGAUAUUAGAGAAUAUUGGAUGGAUCAAGAAGGUGAAAUGAAGCCUGGCAGAAAAGGUAUUUCUUUAAAUCCAGAACAGUGGAACCAGCUGAAGGAACAGAUUUCUGAUAUUGAUGAUGCAGUAAGAAAACUGUAAAGACAGAGCCAUACAGAAACUUUUAUCAUUUUAGUUGUUUUAAGCGGUCUUUUUACAUUGGCUUUUGUUUUCUAAAAUAUUGUUUUACAAGCUAUUGUAUAUUUGGAUUGCAAAACGAUUUGUAAGAUGAAUACUUUUUUUAUGUGCAUUAAAAGUGUAUUCUGAGUGAG